CGAGGAAUUGCCAUUGCACGGGGAGCGCCUCUUACAUACAAGAAGAUACACGCCGGGCUCUGGCCAAGCGCAUAAUCGACGGCGUCGUGAGGCUCGCGAUAUCUAUCACCUGUCUCACCGUUACCUCGACCUUGCUAUCUUCAUCGCCGACACGAUCAACCUUUCUUCCCCCCUCUCGCGAUGGGCUCGCAUGGCGUCUGGCAGCACUCGCGCAGCGGCCUCUACGACCUCCGCCUCGGCGCAUCCGUCGAGAUCCGCCUGAACGACUCGGACGGGGACGAGUCCACCUGGCCUGGAAACCCGGGUCGGCCGUCGACCGAACGCAUCGUCAACGCCGAUAACGAGGUGUACUACUACGAGCCGUGCGAGGGGAACGACGACGCGAGCAGGACGCGGCUAAAGCACUGGUACCACCUUAUCGGCUCGUUCCUGGCCAAGGAGGUCGUCAACAAGGAUGGGUUCCACUUUGAUCGCAACAUUUGUUACUUGUACGCGUUUCCCGAGGGCUACAAACUCUACCUGCGCAAGAAGGGCCACAAGGACGCCCCGCGGAUCGACCCCGUCCUCUUCGGACAUAGCUCCACCUUCCGCUCCCCCGCCGAGUUCUUCAUGCACGCCAAGUGGCUCGCCGAGGGCCGUCCCGUCAAAUCCAACGGCAGGCCCGACUGCGGCUGCAAAUACUGCAGCGGGACGAAGCAGAGCGUGAUCUCGCAGCAACACUUGCACUACACUCCCGCCGGCAGCGGCCCGCGGGCAGAGUCGGGAGGGCGCGCCGCGAGGCUGUUGAACCCGGGGAGGAGGCGAUCGCGAUCAAGCGGGACCGGGCCCAUGAUGGCGAAGGAUUACCGGGUGUACGACCAGUAGUGACGGCGGGCGUCGUCCCAGGUGGGGUUACGGCUAUGUCUGACGACCGGCCGCUUUCUUCGUCGCUUUUGCGCGUGGUCAUUCCGCUUAUCCAUCCGCUUUUACGUGAUCAUGCUGGAUUUCAUCGCUAUGAGUAUCAGGGAUUAGAUACCGAUUUCAAUGUAUGUAACAUCUUGUAGUAUCAAU